AGGGUUAAUGACCAGUAUGAAGCUAAUGUUUCUGUUCAAAAGACGUACACAACUGUUCCGUUAAAAAGCCUCAAUCCUUUGAUUUUUAAACGCAUAAAUUUUAUAGUUUGGUUUACUCAUAGAUAAUGACAUGUCGUGUCUCACAAUCGUCCAACCUUGGUCAUGAGAAAUAAAUUUUCAUUUUUCUCAUUCAAUUUAUGGUUAUAUUUACGUUUUAAUUUAGAGACGCAGGGAAACGUAAUUUCAUUAUGGCUUUGACCGCUCUAAAACCAUCAAACUUUCAUGCGCAACGGGUUUGUUUAUUAGCCAUUUUAUCUAUCUCAUGUCUUUUCAAUGUGGUUGUAUCGAUAUCAAUCCUCGCUGAACGAUUGUUACUUAAAUAUGGCAUCAUUCCUGACGUCAUUGACGCAGCACCCGAUUUUACCAUAGACUUUUCCUUGUAUAUAUUCGGGACCAGAGAGUAUUUGAGGAGGAGAGACUUAACUAUGAUUCGUAUUAGAUUUAAAUUCACAGGGAACUGUCUGAGGUGUUACUUUCCAUUCGUCAUCUCAAUCAUUGUGUGCCUCUUCAAGAUAGUUAUAUCUGCAACAAACAAUAUCGAUCACACACUUCGCUAUCAUGGUAUUAUACCUGACAUCAUAGAUGUAGCGCCUAAAUUUGUUAUAAAUAUCUCAUAUAAGAGGAAUGACAGCCUUCGAAUGGGUUUCAAAGUAGACCCUGGUGGCAUGCAGCAUGUCCCAUGGGUCGAAUGGCCCGUGGAGGCUGGAGCUUUCUAUACGCUAUUGAUGAUUGAUCCUGAUAUCCCUGUCGCUGUCGGUAAAAAACCAGCGCAGAGACAACACUGGAUCGUAGGAAAUAUUCCAGGCUGGAAUUUUCGUCGCGGGGAAACAAUCACAGGAUACAUGGGACCCAUGUCACCCAAAUACGAAGGAUUGCAUAGAACUACAUUCUUGGUCUACUCACAAAAGAAACGAAUAAAUUUUACAGAACCACGAUAUUCGUCAAAGGAUCGGAAAAUGCGAAGCAAACUCAAAUUCAACGUCAGACAGUUCGUGGAGAAGUAUUUUUUGACAUCCCAUGCUGUAAAUUUUGCGCGCACUGGCUGGCCGAUCUUGGAACGGCCUAUGGUUCCCAAAAAGGACUUCAAUCCCCCAAAUUUUGAUUCAGAAUUAUUAGCUUAAAAAUAUUGGGAAUUAUAAUUGUGAGAAGACGUAUUUCUUCUAAUUUUUACGGUUCCUCUCCUUUCCUUUUUAAAAUAUAUUUGCAAACUUAAAAUACCCAUGACAGUUGUAUUAAAUGUUUAGUUAUGUUUUGGAUUAUUAAAUAAUCAGAUGUUUUGAAAAUUUCCUUGUAUUAAAAUUGACUGCCUAACUUAUGUUUGGGCACGAGUGCAAAUAGAGUCAUUCUCUAAAAAUGCAUCCGAAAGAAACCGAGUCUCAUCGAGUUACAACAGAGAUAUUACAGGUUCAGUUUUAUUCGUAUACAACAUUCGAUGGAAAAACUUUUGGUUAAUGUUUGGAAUGCUACAUUUUGUUUCAUGGGUUUUAAUUUUGUGGCAGGAGAAUAAAAUGCACUCGAGCAUAAAAUCUUUCACAACUCACAUUUCUUGAAAAUGUGACUUUGAGGCCUCCCGCUCAAUUUAAUCCUUGUUACCUUGUUAAAAAUAUUUGUUCAAAAAUAAAAUAUGAAAACCUUUUUUCGACCAAAAUAA